AUGUCAUACUACAAAUCUAGCAAGCCUUUCUUCUUUUCAGAGAAAGCCCAGCGCACUAUACAGCUAGCUACGGAGGAAAAAGCCUUGAUUCAGCAAGAGCUAACAUGCUUAGGAAUUUAUUUCAGAACCUUUAAGACUCCUACUUACCACCUUCUGGGAUCUUCUACAAAUACACCAAAAAGGAAAUCUUCACUUAAAAGAAGUAAGAAGAAAUGAGAACAAAUUGGGAAUGUUUAAGUCUCUGAAACUCUGCGAUGAAAAGCAAAAGAAGACUGCUAAACUUUAGUUUAAAAAUUCUGGAAUGUAAAGAAGUUUUAAUUUUAGAAUAUUAAUUUUGACUACUGAAAUAGUUUACCUACUAAGUAGUUUAUAACCAUUUCAAAACAAAGCUUUUCUUUACAUUUAAAAUUCAAUGGAUUGGCUUCAUUAACUACAUUUUUAAAACAUUGCUCUUCAGUUAAACUAAGUCCUGGAUUCACGGAUUUUGUGAAGACAAGAAAAUGAUACUAUUUUCCUUUUGAAGGAACCAAGUGGAAACUACAGCAACAAAUUUCAUGUUUCUUUUGGAGAUUUUGGAGAAAAAGGAGCUAUUUACAAAAGCAAGCAAAAAUCCAAAGGAUCUGCAAACACUGGAAGUUAUAGUUUCCAGAAUCUGAGAAUACCGAAGGAGACUGCAGCUGACCAAAGGACUUCAACACAGUAAACUGGCUGUCUUUAUAAUGGUAAGCAGUAACAGCUCUGACUGCUUUGAUGACUCCUUUAAGUACACUUUGUAUGGGUGCACAUUUAGCAUGGUGUUUGUGCUUGGGUUAAUAUCCAACUGUGCUGCCAUUUAUAUUUUCACAUGUACCCUCAAAAUAAGAAACGAAACUACAACGUACAUGAUUAACUUGGCAAUGUCAGAUUUGCUUUUCGUUUUUACUUUGCCCUUCAGGAUUUUUUACUUUACGACACGAAACUGGCCAUUUGGAGAUUUACUUUGUAAAAUUUCAGUGAUGCUGUUUUAUACUAAUAUGUAUGGAAGUAUUCUGUUCUUAACCUGUAUUAGUGUGGACAGAUUUCUGGCAAUCGUCUAUCCGUUUAAGUCAAAGACUCUAAGAACCAAACGCAACGCAAAAAUUGUUUGCAUUGCUGUGUGGUUUACUGUGGUCGGAGGAAGUGCACCAGCAGUUUUUUUUCAAUCUACCCACCCUCAAGGUAACAUCUCAAACGCCUGCUUUGAAAAUUUCCCUAAAGACACUUGGAAAACUUAUCUCUCACGGAUUGUAAUUUUCAUAGAAAUAGUGGGAUUUUUUAUCCCUUUAAUUUUAAAUGUAACUUGUUCUAGUAUGGUGCUAAGAACUUUAAGUAAACCUGUUACAUUAAGCAGAAGCAAAAUAAACAAAACUAAAAUUUUAAGAAUGAUUUUUGUACAUUUGGUCAUAUUCUGUUUCUGCUUCGUCCCUUACAAUAUCAACCUUAUUUUAUAUUCUCUUAUGAGAACACAGACUUUUGUUAACUGCUCAGUGGCCAAAGCUGUAAGGACCAUGUACCCAAUCACUCUCUGCAUUGCUGUUUUAAACUGUUGCUUUGACCCUAUAGUUUAUUAUUUCACCUCUGAGACGAUUCAGAAUUCAAUAAAAAUGAAAAACUGGUCUACUAGGAGAAGUGACUCCAGAUUUUCUGAAGUUCAAGGCACAGAGAACUUUAUUCAACAUAGCUUACAGACCUUAAAAAAUAAGAUAUUUGACAACGAAUCUACAAUAUAAGCUGACUAAAUAAAACCACUGGGACAGAACCUCCAAGUUCCUCCAACUGUGAAAAUGUUUUUCUUGGACAACUAUUUCUACACCUUUCAAAGAAAAUAAACAAGUGGACAUUUUAAAGUUUUAGUGUAAAAAAAUUGUAUCCAAUGUAUUAAACAUUAAAAUGUACUCUAUUCUUAUAUGCAUUCCAUCCUAUUUUUAUGAGCCCUUUUGAUUUGUAGCUUUCUCUUUAUUAAAAAAGCCCUUAAAGAGUUGUUCAAAAC